CAUAUAAUAAAGUAUAAUUUUAAAAAGCAGAAGGCAUGGGAAGCAACGAUAGAGCCUCCAGAUCACCUCGUUCGGAUGAUCAGCGGGAAAUUAGUGAAAUGCCAGUUACAAAGCGGUCGCGUUCGGACUCUGGCAAGUCAACGGACUCCAAAAUUCCAUACCUUUCGCAGCCACUGUAUGACCUCAAGCAGACUGGCGAUGUGAAGUUUGGGCCCGGCACACGAUCUGCUCUCCUCGGACUACUGGGCGGGGCUCUGCCUAAGCUGGCCUCCGAGCAGCAUGACCUUGUCAGCAAGGCCAAGAAAUACGCCAUGGAGCAGAGCAUCAAAAUGGUAUUAAUGAAGCAGACACUUGCCCAUCAGCAGCAGCAGUUGGCGACGCAGCGCACCCAGGUGCAAAGGCAACAGGCACUAGCUCUCAUGUGCAGGGUGUAUGUGGGCAGCAUUUCGUUUGAGCUUAAGGAGGAUACUAUUCGCAUUGCGUUUAUGCCGUUCGGACCCAUCAAAUCAAUCAACAUGUCGUGGGAUCCCAUUACACAAAAGCACAAAGGCUUCGCAUUUGUAGAGUAUGAGAUACCGGAGGGCGCCCAAUUGGCGUUGGAGCAGAUGAAUGGCGCUCUAAUGGGCGGACGCAACAUCAAGGUUGGCAGGCCGAGCAAUAUGCCCCAGGCCCAGCAAGUCAUUGAUGAAGUUCAGGAGGAGGCAAAGAGCUUCAAUCGCAUUUACGUAGCCUCAAUACAUCCUGACUUAUCUGAGGAAGACAUAAAGAGUGUUUUCGAGGCUUUCGGUCCCAUACUAUAUUGUAAGCUGGCCCAGGGCACAUCGGUGCAUUCACACAAGGGUUACGGCUUCAUUGAAUACGCCAACAAGCAGGCCAUGGAUGAAGCUAUCGCCAGCAUGAAUCUUUUCGAUCUAGGCGGUCAACUGCUGAGAGUUGGACGGUCGAUAACACCGCCUAAUGUGCUGUCGUGCCCCGCCACGAACUCGACGAUGCCAACAGCAGCCGCAGUGGCCGCUGCUGCAGCAACGGCUAAGAUCCAGGCUUUGGACGCGGUUGCCAGUAAUGCUGUCUUAGGCUUAUCGCAAAACACUCCCGGCUUGGGUAUUGCGGCUAAGGUGAAUACAUUGCCCGUAAUGAAUGCAGCUGCAACGGCGGCACUUCAUCCCUCUCUCGCUGUGCCCACUGUAGCGGCCGCAGCUUUGUUGCCACCUGGAAUAUUUCAAGCGCCAAAUCUUGGUGGACCCAGUCUGCUUGGUAUGCCUACUGGAUUACCUGCUUUGCACGUUCCACCCACGCUGCCACCCCCGGCACUGCUAGCUACACCACCAGUUACUUUGGCAGCUGCAGCAGUAGUUCCCGCAGCAGUGGCAACUGUACAUAGCAUAGCGGAGGCUAGUAAUGGCGCAUCCGCCGUGUUAUCGACAGCUGCGAAUAAUGCGGCAGCCACUGCCGCCAAUUUAUCGGAGAACAUCAAAAAAGCACAAGAGAAGCAGCAGGAAGAGUUGCAAAAGAAGCUCAUGGACGAGGGCGAUGCCCAGACGCUUCAACAGCAGGAGAACAUGUCCAUCAAGGGUCAAAGUGCGCGACAACUGGUAAUGCAAAGGCUAAUGCGACCACAGGACUCGCGUGUCAUUAUUUUACGAAAUAUGGUCGGUCCUGAUGAUGUGGACGAGACUUUGCAGGAAGAGAUUCAGGAGGAGUGCAGCAAAUUUGGCACAGUCAGUCGAGUUAUCAUUUUUAAAGAGAAGCAAACAGAGAACGAGGACGACGACGAGGCUGAGAUCAUUGUUAAAAUCUUCGUUGAGUUUUCAGCAACUGUCGAGGCGAUUCGAGGCAAAGAUGCCCUCCAUGGACGCUUCUUUGGUGGCCGCCGCGUUGUUGCCGAGCUGUAUGAUCAGUCACUUUUCGAUCAGGGGGAUCUGUCAGGGUAAAGUGAUGCGAUGCGACUGCGUCUUUAGGAUUAUUGAUUUGGACCUUUUUUUGGCAGCACAGCCUUUUUUACGUAGAACUUUAACAACUAAUUAUUUAUUACUUUCACCCUGAGUCACAAGUCAGUCAGGAGAAAGAAGAUUGUAAAUUUGGACAGAAUAAUUGAUGAGCCGAGCAUUAUAAACAAUGGUGAUUUGAUGUUGAAAACUGAUUCAUAUAGUGUAACAAAUCUGAUGAGCCCUUUUUCGCUUCUUUAAUAAGCUCGUGCAUUUGUUAUAUUUCACUUUUCAAGAUUCAUUUUCGCAAGAACACAUACAACAAUUGAAUAUUGUACAUUUUAUUAAAUUCAACGCUUGUAACAAAA